AUGCGGUUGCUCCUCGUUAUUGCCAGCCUUCUGGCCGCCGUCUACGCCACAGCACUCACCUACAGACUUGAAGCACACGAGAAGGCGUGCUUCUUCGCGCAAGUCGAUAACAAGGCGACAAAGGUGGCCUUUUACUUUGCGGUCCAAUCCGGCGGCUCCUUUGACAUCGACUACUCUGUAGUUGGUCCCACGGACAAAGUCAUCCUGGACGGCACCAAGGAGCGACAAGGCGACUUUGUGUUCACUGCGAAUGAUGUUGGAGAGUACCGGUUCUGCUUCAACAAUGAGAUGAGCACGUUUGCGGAGAAGAUGGUGGACUUUGAGAUUGCCGUCGAAAACGAAGCCGCUCGCGCCAAGAUCCCCUCCAAGCAAGGCUCCUCCCCCGAACAAACCUCCGUCCUCGAAGAAUCCAUCCUCAAGCUCUCCGCGCAGCUGUCCACCAUCUCCCGCAACCAAAAGUACUUCCGUACGCGCGAGAACCGGAAUUUCAGCACGGUCAAGAGCACUGAGACGCGGAUAUUCAACUUCAGCUUGAUGGAGUCAGGGUUAAUGAUCACAAUGGCGGGAUUGCAGGUGUUUAUCGUCAAGUUCUUCUUCCAGGGCGCGCGAAAAGGUAUAAUAUGA